AUGCGCAUACCGCCUCGAAACUUUCUCUUGCCCCUUCGUCAUCACGGCCUAUCGCUCGCACGUCUCCCAUCACAACCUCGUACUCGAAGUUUACUCUCUGCGCUCUUUUCUUCGGCCCCUCCUGACCACCAUGAUGGUGCUGAACACAAGACUAAACGCUUGAAAAUUGUCACGGACGAACCGAACCAUGCUCGCCUUUUCCUGAUUGAUGAAUCUACCAGACCACCACAGAACGUAGAUGAUGUCGCAGAUCCAGAGUACUCCGAAGGCGUAGCAGACGAAGACACCACAGGCGAUCCUCAGGACGUCCAAUUGGGAAGGAUGCACAGGACCCUACGCAACUUCCAUUCACGACUGCGACUGAACCGACCCGAGCAGGCCACGGAGUACUUGCAACAGCGUUUAGCAGCGAAUGCCUUUCCGGUUCACUUUGUCCGUUUUAGAGUGUACGAAAAGGCCAUUCAUACGCUGCUUGACCGUGCGUCUUUGGGCCCUGCCAUCUCCCUUUUCAAUUCCAUGCUCGGGGACACAGCAACCCCGUCCAGCCUUCUUCGCGCAAAGAUGACAUCGCUCAUCUACCUCAGAGAUGCGACUGCCCCUGCCCGCGCACCAGAGGGACUCGUCGACGCGCUUUCCCACAUAUUGGCACUAUCAUCCUUCACUCAACAACGCCUCGUUGAUCUUCUCGAGUACCUCAACAAGGUUCUGGAUGUCCAGGUUGGGGUGUUGAACGGCGUCGUCCAUUGUUGGCGGGAGUCUCGUCCAACAACACGUCUGACCACCGCCACGAUCAACAAACUCAUCAGCCUCGCUGUACGCCUCGACUCGUUGGAUGUGGCGGAGCAGUGGUUGGACGUCCACGAGUCAGACCUUACGUCGGAAACCCAACCACAGGAUCAUACGAAGACCGUGUACCAUGCCGUGGCACCAUAUACGACCAUGAUCAGCGAGCUGGACGAAAUCGGCGCCCUUACACCGGAGAUUCUCGACUCUACGCUGCAGCGCAUGGACGAACGGCAGGUGGAACCGGAUCUCCCCUUGUUCAAUACGCUCAUCAGCACCUACGUUCGCGCUCAAGACAUGCACAAGGUGUGGGCCAUCUACGAUUUUCUCAUCCUCAAGCGCUCUGCCGAGGUUAUGCCGGACUCGUUCACCUAUGGGACGUUGUUCAACUCCCUCUACACCCAUACACCCAGCAACAGACGACGUGCUCGUCUUCGCGGCGUUCGCCAAUCCGAGAACGCUCGUGAUCCUAGGCAGCUAUUCCGCGAAAUGAUGCAGAGCCACACUCUUGCAACUUUCGGUCGUCCGUCCACUCGUUCCCCUGUUCUGAACACCGCCGCUCUCAACGUAGCGCUCCGUACGCUCGUACAUACCUGCGAUUAUCUUGCCGCGGCAGUCUGCCUUCAGACGUUCGAGGACUGCAAAAUCCCAGUUGAUACGAAGACCUUCCGCAUCAUCCUCGUUGGCCUCCUGGGUCGCGUUCGAUCUCACCUCCGCGUAGUCGACGAAUCGGACCGGUGGGUGGAUAGAUUCCUCCCCGGACUCGAUUACCUCGAUCCAAAUGACAUUCGUAUCGAAAUGGUGGGCACCCUGCUCGAAAUCGCCGUCCACCAGAUGUCUCAAAACAGCCGUGGCGCUUCUUCCACUUCCCAAACACAUUGUUUACCUUCGGUCGCGGCGAUUCUUACAGGCGGUGAACCAUCGAAACAACCCUACGAUAUACGCCCUCUUGGCUUCUUAUUGCGCAGAGCUGCGUACGCGAAUAUGGACCAUGGGAAGGGUGUGUCAAGGGGCAUCGUCGACAAUGCUUUGAAGGAGUUGAAGGCUGAUCUCGUACCGAAGCUGUCGGUCCAGGAGCAGCUAUUGCUGUCGAGAUUUCGGUCACAGCUGAUGGCACAGAAGAAAGCAGCUCGUGCCAAGUCCAGUGGCAAAGGCCUGGCCAAUAAUGGUGACCUCUCUGAGGCGGAAGCUACAAACAAGGAACCUGGGUCGAGCCGUGGUGAGGUUGAGUUACAAGAGAAUAUGGUCGAUGAUGAGGAUGGCAGACUUGUACCGGGAGGUAGUGGAUGUUGA